AUGCCUGCCAUGUGGUUCCGAACUGGCUGUUCGCUGCCUUGUGUCUUUGCGGGGCGCCGCGAGAAACAAAUUGCAAGAACGUGCGGCGGCCGCGCCUUAUUCCCGCAGAUAUUCCUGGUUCUGGGCCUACUCUUCCGGCCGAGCCCCACGUUCCGUGACCACGAGUACACGGUGUCGGCCAAGAUCAUCGUGGCCUCCGUGGCCUUGGUGGCGCUGACUUUCGUGCCUUCUUACGCGUACUCCAUACUGGCUGCCAACAACUUCAACGUGGAGGUGGUGAAAGCCCAUGCGACCCGCUGGCGUCCGGCUGAUCCCCAGUUCGCUCGGGAAUACAAGAGCCGGCUCGUGAUUCGCGGCCUGAUCGUCAAGCAGCACCGCGUGGUGGAGGCAAGCAAGUCUGCCGAGGGCGCAGUGGUCGCGGAGGGUGGUGUGAACACCGGGCCCACCGGCACGUUUGCGGUUCACACUGGCACGGCGACCACCACCAAUCCCGGCUUGGAAGGCGUCACCAAGUGA